CGAACGAACUGCAGGAAAUGAUGAAAGUUGUUUUUCCAAGUUUACUUGCAGCAUAUGACUAAACGUGUGUAUUAUUUUACGAAAUCUGAAGUUUUUGGCAAAUUUGUUCCUAAAAUGGCAGAAUCAGAUUGGGACACUGUCACUUACCUUCGCAAAAAAGCCCCAAAAACCAGCCAGCUUAAGUCAAAACAAGCUAUUAAUCAGGCUCAAAGAAAAGGAUUGGCUAUUGAAACUACAAAAAAAUUUCAUGCUGCUACAAACAAACAACACCAGAUAGAUAAAAACACUGCAAAGCUAGAUCGUGAAACAGAGGAGCUUCACCAUGAAACUGUUGGCUUGGAUGUGGGGAAACUGAUUCAGCAAGGACGACAGAACAAGGGUUUCACUCAAAAGGAACUUGCCACAAAAAUAAAUGAAAAGACCCAAGUUGUUAAUGAUUAUGAAGCAGGUCGAGCUGUCCCAAACCAACAAAUUUUAGCUAAGAUAGAAAGGGUGGUUGGAAUGAAGCUUAGAGGGAAAGAAAAAGGUAAACCACUCCAACCCAAGAGUUCGAACUGACACGGGUAUUCAGACAUCAUUGGAGUGUUCUCUCAGACAAAAACUUGUCUGAUUAUCAUUCUUAAUUCCUGUUCUGGCAAGAAAGCUGGCUGGUGCAGAGAUAGUUGGUGUUGAAUUCAGAGAAAAAUCAUAACUGUUAAACACUUUCAAAUGUGAUGGAGAUAAAAUAUACCUUGUCAUGCCUUACGAAAACAUUUAGUCUAUCUUAAACAGGCUAUUGGCUCAUUACAUUAAUAGAGUUGACUUUGUACAACACAAGUAUUCAAUGUAAUUUAACCUUUGUUUAACAUCAAGCAAGAACUUUAAUUACAGAUCAGAUCAGUAGGAAUGUUAUUAUUAAGAUCUUAGCCAAUGUAGAAAAUGCAGACUUUUUUCUAUUUUGUCCCAUUUCUUAGAACUGCUUGUAAAUAUGAGACUUAAAUUAUGCAUAAUUAUAAUUCUUACCGCCCUAAAUUACUAAUAUCCAUUGUUCACUUGGUAGUUUUAAACAGUGAAGUUUAUAAACAAACAAAGAUCUUUAGAUGCUUAAUGAAGAAAUACUUCAUAUAGAAACCGAGCUUGAAAUGAAACUUUUUACAAAAUUUUAUGCCCUAACCAGGAUAUGAAGAUUUUGAAAUGUGAAAUAUUCACUUUACAUUUUGAUGGAUCUUCUUGAUAAAUUUAGUUUUAGUAUAAAUUUUUAAGGUUGUUUUACAAAAAUACUUUAUUUCGAAUUUGAAAAAAAAAAUAAUUGCAUUACAUAAAUAAAAAUACACUUAUAAUCUAAAACUGAAAAACUUUAUCUUUUUUUUUUUUCACAGAUAGCUGCAUUAAUCUUAACAGUAAAUGGUUUUUAAGAAAAAUAUGAUACUAUCGCAGAAGAAAUACUUGUGUUUUGGAAAUGUUCUUUAACAGAUUUUGGAAUAGUUACCUAGGUUAAUUGCUUUACUUUUGUUGUACAUGUCAAAUCCCCAUUACAGAUUUGUAAGGGUAAGUUUGUUAAUAUCAAGGGGGUGUAGUGUCUUUUUUUUAAGUUAAAAUUAGACCAAAUGUGCUACCUAAGUAGGUUAAAAAAUCAUUAAACUUUCUUCUAAACUUGCCAGGUCAGGAAUUAAUAAGCACAUGCAGUUAGUAGAUAUGGUGUUUGAUUUUUAGUUUAAAAGAAUUGAGAAGAGAAUAUUUCAAGUGAAAUUUUCAACUUAUUACUGAAAUAACCGUUAUAAAAAAAAGAGAGAGUAAAUUAUUAAGGUAUUGUUGAACUAGAAUAACCUUAUAUUGUCUCUGUCAAAGUUUUUCAAAUAUUACAUUAUAAUUUAUAUAAUAGAACAGGUGUUGUUUUUAUUAUACCUUUCAGAAACUAUCUUGUACACCUAUUAUCGAAAGGCAUGUCUCAUCAGCACUUAGUGCCAUCGUUUCCUCUUAUUAAUAAUAUGAAACUUAACAAUUGUAACAAUGAUGAAAAAAGCUUUUUUUUUUUAAGAAUUCCAAAAGUAAAUAUGGUUUUUAUUUAAUGUUUUUGCUAACAGAUGGCACUAAGUGAUAAUGAACACUCCAUGAAUGUAUCGUGUUUUAAUAAUUCAAGAACUGCGGUGUAAACGUUACUCGUGUUAAGUAAUAAAUAUUUGUGAAAAGGAUACAAUGUCUAUUAAUGUUUAAUACUGGUAGAAUAUAUGUGGUUUUUAAGGAUUUACAAUUGCCACUGUAAGACUUGCGUUUUUGCUUUGUUUUGUGGAAAAUAAAGUUUCAACUGUACUCACUAUUUUCCAGAACAAUGUCGAAAAAGUUAUUCUAUCCUAAAAGGUUGAAAAUAAAACGAAGUAGUUACUCGGUA